GACCGGUGGUUUCGCAGUCGAGCAGCUGAUCCGGCAUCUAUUUGGCGCCGAUCAGCCAACCAUCAUCGUCACCGUGACAGCGAUCGUUAUUGGACUUCUUAUAGAGCUACGAAACUGCCUUGCUUCCAUGACCACACCGGGCGAUCCGUCAGCGACUGGACCUGACAGACCGUGCGGGAUCACCUCAUUGCUGCCGAUCGGUAUGUCCUGCCGGAGCCGCGUCGAUGCUUUCGCCCGGAGCCUGCAGACACGCCUAAGGAAUCUUGGCUCUCAGGGUGGCUCCGGUGACGAUGAGGACGACGAAGGCCGACUCACAACCACGGAACAACAGCAGCAGCUCACGGAAAACACCUGGCUGUCACCAGCAAACAGCAGCGAGCAGACGAGCGUUACGAGUUUGCAACCGCUGCGUAUGGUUGCGAACGAAGCCGACUCCUGCUUCGAUUUCGGGCUCGAGGUGGAAAGCCCCUGCUCCCCGGUGGAGGAAUGCGAGUACACACGGCUAAUCGAAACGGCCACCGCAACACCGACAGGUCUUCCGGUCGCGGCGACAGCUGCGACCGUGGUUGAUCCUGUUGCUCAAGCCCCAGAAUCCGGGUACGUCUGCUCGUCACCCUGCUCAACACCGCAGGGAUCGGCCGCCAGCAGCCACAGCAGCUCGUCCGACUGUCAGUUCUACGAUCCGGACAGUUCCGACCAGGAGCAGCGAUCGGUUAGUGGAGGUGAGUACUACGAUUGUACGAUCGUGCCGGGUUCUACCGCCAUUGGAUUGCGAUCGAUCGGAACAGGACCGUACGCGUUGGAUGGUCCAGCGAAUCCGGCACACUUUGCGAGUCCGCCAACCCGCGAUCAUAAACCACAUCUCACCGUGGACUCUCCAUCGGCUGGCGAGGACACUUUCGUGACCUUCCCCACCAUGAACCACACCCUGAACAAUCCUUUCACCGCGACAAGCACUAGUCUACCGGCGAAUGGUCACGUGCCUGGGUAUACCACGGCCAGCACGUUGGACAGUGAUAGCUGCUCGGAAUCGUUGCCACCGUCCCAGUCGACCGAAUCCAACAACUCCACUUUCACGGGUAUCAGCUCGAACUCGAACAGCACCCUGCAGGACGUGACGAUGGAACCGCUCGACGAACCGACGGACACGGACGUCCCGGAUAGUGCGUAUUGCGCGCAAACACGCAUGGGCAAUGGACACGCGAUCAUGCCACGUGGCACGGUCAUAAACGCCGACACCGAGAUCGAGCUGAUGGGUCACCCGUACGGGUUGAAGUACGAAGAAGACACCGAACGGCAGGAUGAGACGCGACGAGAGCACCAACAAUCGGUGUACCGCGGGGCGGCCAUCGAGAUCGAGGAGGUGCAAAAGAUUCUCGAGGAUUGCACGAUGACCGCGGGACGGCACCUGGAUGGUACGGGCUCGGGCAAGCAGAACGAUCACGGUCGGGAUGAGGACGAGGACGAAGACCGGAAGGAUCACCGCCGGGCGGUGAUGUCGUCGGGUGAUGAGGACGAGGAAGAAAGCAAACCUCAGCGCAUCCGGCGCUGUUCGUCACUGAAAACCGGAAAAACGCCACCCGGUACGCCAGGACGCAGAAAGGUCGUCCGGUUCGCGGAUGUCCUUGGGCUCGAUCUGACGGACGUGCGGACGUUCAUGGACGAGGUGCCGAAGGUGCCGCAAUCCGCGUACGAAGACCUUACGAUCCUGCAAGCGGUCGAACAGCCUGUGCCAGAGAUCAGUCUCGGCCCAAAGGCGGACCGGGUGUUGGUGCCAUUGUUCCAGCAACCUGGUGCGUUACCGUGCUUCCUGGAUCGCGUGCGCGAGAAGCAGGUUAACCUGGAAAAUGCGGCCGUAACGGAUCCGAUCACGCUCACCAUCACCGGUACGGUGCGGGUGCGCAAUCUCGACUUCCACAAGUCGGUGUACGUGCGGUACACGCUCGAUAACUGGCGCAGCUACUCGGACCUGCAGGCGGUGUACGCGGAAAACUCGUGCGACGGCUUUUCGGACAAGUUUAGCUUCACGCUGCACGGCAACUCGGUGCAGGUCGGUCAGCGCAUCGAGAUGGCGAUCCGGUUUCACUGCCGAGGUGAGCAGUUCUGGGACAGCAACUACGACACGAACUACGUCUUCCAGUGUUUGCCGAUCACGCAGCCGGCCCCGAUGAUUGUGGCCCGUGGCCAGACGAACACUCCGUCCGUUACGGAACCGGCGUGGUGCAGCAGUUUCUACUAGGAGCGAGCGCGUGCUUCAACGCGCCCACUCCGGAUUAUCUUCAUGUGCAAUCACACCCUCCUCUGGCGGCUGGCAAUGGAUUGGGAGAUGGGAGGGAAAGGGAGAGGGCGCCAUCGUAAGGGUCGUAGUAUUAUUGGAAACUAAACUAAACAAACAAAAACCUCGAUAGGAUCGAACGAUCACACGCGAGAAUCAAGCCACCGUUUCAACCAACCAAGUACCAAAGUUAAGGCGGAAAAAAAAACAUGUUAAGUCGAAAUUGGAAGCAGAUCCAUACGCACCGAUAAGUGAAACCGAAAUAGCACAUGCAAUAGCGGAAUAUGCAACAACAAAAAAAACCCCACACGAAACCAUAACUCGAACAAUGUCAAAUAUUGAUCCUGGUUCGAACAUUUUGCCAGUAAAUUUGCAUAAUGCAACUGCUUUAGUGUAGCGAUAGCGUGCAUCCGGUUUGGCGCGUAGGCGAGUAUGGUACCGGAAUUGAACGAAUCGACAGGUUGUUGGGCCGCCGAUUGAGAUUUUAAUCGUGAGACGAGGACGCCAUGUUGCGAUUUGUUAUGUUUGCGAAUGUUUAUGUUUUAUAUGUAUGUUGAUGGGCCAGAAUCGUCCAUGCUUUCCGUUGUGCGUGUGUAGAUUAUGAAUAAAGCAAACAAAAACUGUUGAUAGCGCGAAUGGUGGGAGGCAGAAUGGCGGAGGCAUGGACGGACGAAUGCGAGUUGAGCAGUAAAAUUAAUUUAAAACACGAUACCCAGAAACACGAAUCAAUUUGGAUAGAAAUAGCGAAGCGGAUUGGAAAAGUGGAAAAUUUUAAAAAAUUGCGCGGUUACUGUCCUUAAAGACAGGCCGAAUAGAUAGAGAGAUUGGAAGAAAUGAAACGAACGAGAGAGAGAGAGAGAGAGAGAGAGAGAGAGAGAGAGAGUGACAGUGAGGAGUAGGCGGCUUUAUAAUAAACAUUGUGUCUUAUGAUGUAAAGCAGAGCAUUGUAACAAACUAUAAAACCCGUUAGAAUGUAAUAUCAUCCCAAAGUCUAAUAAUGGUAGGAAUAGCAAAUACUGAACUGUAAUUAUUAUACCGACAUCCAGAGAAGCACUGGCAAAUGCGAAUGGGCGGAUUGCAACUGCAUCAAAUAGCAUAGAACAUGACCGAUAAGGUACUAACCACUGACAACACAGGCGACAGUUGGGUGGUGCGUGCAGUACUCCCCGUUAGAGUAUGUAUAGAAGCCAGUUUUACUCAGUUUAGAGUUGAAUAAA